ACAUCGGACGGAAAUUCGAACAUACGAGCGCAUACGCCUCAACGAGAGGGUCAAUGUCGUCGAAGACCCACAUGAAGGCAAGGGGGUCGAGUUCAAGACGAUAUUGAUACGCCUCGACGGUGUCAGGAAGCCGCUGUCCAACAAGAAUAUACUUGAGGAGGUCGUACAUGGCCUAAUGUUGUGCGACGUAAUUUCCAUCCGAAUUUAGAAGGUCUCUGGGCGUCAUAGAGUCAGCAUUCGCCAUCGUGAAGACUGUGUAGAGGUCGCAGCAGAGUACAGAGGAGGAAUGGACAUAAAAAGCAAUAAAGAGCGGAAGCAAACGUUAUAUAUGACCCAUGCCGUCCAGUGACGACCGACAUCGUGGCACAGGAGAGCAUAGAGCCACCGGUCGUCCGCACUACAGUGCGCGUGUGACGGGCUGCGGGUCAGUCGUACGUCUUUGGUGUAUUCGUAGUCGAAGUGAAAGGAGCUAUGGCGCCGCUAGCACAGGAUCGAGCUCAGCAGACCGGCUCUCGAGAGCCAGCCUCGAUCUCGUCAAGGUCUUGUCAAGAGUUGUGCACAUGCCAAGAGAAGCCCGGCUGAACAGCCCUCAAGCGCGGUCGCCUGAAGAUCGGAUGAAGAGAAAAAGCGGCUGUUGCGCAUCUGAUAGACAACCGAGUCUCGAGGGAUCGAAACAGAGCAGCUACCGGGACUUGCCGAAUCGAGUACAGGCGGCGGAGCUUUAUGGCCACGUUUACAUAACACGCCACCUCCGAUACGACCACUGCCCGGCCUGCACGCGGAGCUAGCCCCCAAAUUCACCUAUCAAGAUCCGCACUGGGCCGCCGAGGGCGCGCAUGAGCAGCUCCUUCGUACUCGGCGACU